AUGGACGCUACCGAGAGCAGCGCUUGGCUCCUGGCUCUGCUGAGCUUUUGCUCUGUCUUUGGGCGAAACGCGGCCAUCACCAGAACUUUCUUCAUCGCCAUCCGAGAGGGGGAGUGGGAUUACUCUCCCGGAGGACUCAGCCGGGUCAGCGGAAGACCUGCUGCAGAGGACGAGCAUGCUUCUGUCUUCCUGCUACAAGGCCUUCAUCGGAUUGGCCAUGUGUAUAAGAAAGCCAUGUUCAGGCAGUACACAGAUGGGUCUUACACAAAGGAGAUCCCCAAACCUGCCUGGCUGGGCUACCUGGGACCUGUGCUUAGAGCUGAGGUUGGGGAUGUCAUAGAGAUCCACCUGAAGAACUUUGCCUCCAGGAGCUAUUCCAUGCACCCACACGGAGUCUUCUAUAAGAAAAACUCAGAGGGGGCGCUGUAUCCAGAUGGAACCUCUGGAGCACUGAAGCAGGAUGAUGGUGUUCCACCUGGUGGUACACACACCUAUACAUGGACAGUGAAGCCAGAAUACACCCCCACAGAGGGGGAUUCCAACUGCUUGACUUGGGCUUACCACUCACACGUAGUUGCCUCCAGGGACAUCUCCUCUGGACUCAUAGGAGCCCUGCUGACUUGCAAGAAAGGAACCUUGAAGUUUGUUUCUGGAGUAGGGGCUAACUACUCUGAGGUGCGAAGGACAGAUGUGGAUCAGGACUUCCUCCUUAUGUUUAGUGUGGUGGAUGAGAACCUGAGCUGGUACCUAGAGGAGAACAUCCAGACCUUCUGUUCUGAUCCCACUGGCGUGGACCCUAAUGAUCCAGACUUCCAGCGCUCUAACAAGAUGAACGCUAUAAACGGCUAUGUAUAUGGGAACCUACCUGGAAUUGAGUUGUGCCAGAACCGAACAGUGUCUUGGCAUCUCCUUGGAAUGGGCAAUGAGGUAGAUGUCCACUCAGCAUAUUUCCAUGGACAUACACUACUCAUGAGAGGUCACAGAGUCGAUGCUGUCAGCCUGUUUCCUGCUACCUUCCUCACUGCAGAGAUGACCCCUGUCGAAACGGGAACAUGGUUGCUCAACUGUCAGGUCAACAGUCACAUACAAGAUGGUAUGCAGGCCCUGUUUCGUGUUUCACCCUGUGGGCUGCAGGAUGAUUCCCAGGCUCCUCUGAAUGGGACAGUCAGGGAGUAUUUCAUUGCUGCUGAGUUGGUUCAGUGGAACUAUGCCCCAUCAGGAAUGGACACACUGACCAAUGUUUCACUGACUGAAAGCCAAAGCCCCUCAGAGGUGUUUUUUGGGACACGUGGUGGCCGUCUUGGUGGGAAGUAUAGGAAGGCGGUAUUCAGAGCUUACACUGAUCACACAUUUACCAGCAUGAAGGAGCAAACCAGCAUGGAGACCCACCUCGGAAUUCUGGGUCCUGUACUGCGUGCUGAGGUUGGGGACAUUUUGCUGGUCACAUUUCUAAACAAUGCUGACAGGAAUUACAGUAUGCAGCCUCAUGGCCUCCAGUAUGGGAAGGAAUUUGAGGGAGCUGAGUAUGCGGAUGGCACAGUGAAGAAUGGAUCUCACGUGCAGCCAGGAGACUCCUUUACCUACAGGUGGCAGGUGAGGGAGGGGCCAUCUGAGAGUGACCCACCCUGUAUCUCCUACCUGUACUACUCCUCCAGUGACCCCAUCAGAGAUACGAACACUGGCCUAAUCGGCCCCCUGCUGGUGUGUAAGCGAGGUGCACUGAGCUCCAACAUGACCCAGUCUAUUGGAAAAGCAUUCAGAGUGGCUCUAAGUGGCUGCUUAAAGGAAUGCCAAGUAUGCAUAAAGCUGAAAGCGGUGAAUGGCUAUAUGUACGGGAAUCUGCCACAGCUGGAGAUGUGUGAGGGUGCCCGGGUCAAAUGGCACCUGCUGGGACUUGGCACAGAAGUGGACGUACACACGGUUCACUUUCAGGGCAACACUUUCCACAGAGAGGGCACCACCCGUGACACCCUCACUCUGUUUCCACACACCAGUCUCAGUGUGUUCAUGCAGCCAGAUACAGCUGGGCUGUUUGAGGUGAGCUGCAGAGUGAGUGAACAUUACAUGGGAGGGAUGAGGCUGCAGUACAGAGUGAAGAGGUGCAGGGAGAGCCUGUCUGCUCCCAUCACUGCUCCUACAGGGCACUACUUUAUUGCUGCAGAGGAGGUGGAGUGGGACUACUCACCUGAGCGCACGUGGGAACUGCAAAACUUCAACUCCACAGAAGACGACAGUCCAGGCAGUAUAUUUGUUGGGAAAGGUGAGAACAGGCUCGGCUCCAAAUAUAAGAAAGUAGUUUACAGGGAGUACACCGAUGCCACCUUCAGGACAAGAAAACAGCAGCAACCUGCGGAGAAACAUUUGGAAAUAUUAGGCCCAAUCAUCAGAGCAGAGGUUGGGGAGGUUCUUCAGAUCACGUUUCUGAAUAAGGCUACUCGGCCAUACUCUGUACAGCCUCAUGGAGUAAAGACGAUUCCCACACAUCCACAGCCUGUAUUACCUGGAAACAUGAGUAGGUACCAGUGGAUCGUUCCAGAAAGGUCCGGCCCAGGCAUCUCGGAUCCGAACUGCAUCUCAUUUGCCUACUACUCUGCUGUGGACUUUAUUAAGGACACAGUCAGUGGGCUAAUCGGGCCACUGGUGAUCUGCAGGAAAGGAACACUUAACUGGGACAGACAGAGGCUGGACAUAGAUCGGGAGUUUGCUCUUCUCUUCUUCAUCUUUGAUGAGAAUAAGUCAUGGUACCUAGAGCAAAACAUCAAAACCUACUACAACAACUCACUGCCUCUGCUCAGAGAUGGAGACUUUGAGGAGAGCAACAAAAUGCACGCAAUCAAUGGCAAACUAUAUGGCAACCUUCAUGGACUGGACAUGCAGAAAGGAGAGAGAGUGAACUGGUAUCUACUGGGGAUGGGCAGUGAGGUGGACAUGCACACUGUCCACCUGCAUGGUCAGACCUUCAUCUACAGGACCGAUCUGGCCCACCGGGCCGACGUGUUUGACCUGUUCCCGAGCUCGUUUCAGACGCUGGAGAUAAUGGCAGACAGUGAGGGAACGUGGCUUUUGCACUGCCAUGUUGCUGACCACAUCCUAGCAGGCAUGGAGACCACCUACACCAUCCAGCCCCGGGCAGGUGGCAGUCAUGUGACUCAACGGCAGGGCAUCGUUUGGAUCUUGGCCUUCAUUUCCACUCUCAGACUAAUUUGA